AUGGCCGAACAACAGCAACAGAAGAAACAACUUCGUCUGGGAGCUUUCAUGCGCCCGGUGAGCUUGCAUACAGGAGCAUGGCGAUACCCCGGUGCCUAUCCCGAUGCCAACUUCAACUUCCAGCACAUCAAGUCGUUUGCGCAGAAGUUAGAAGCUGCUAAGUUCGACGCAUUCUUCAUGGCCGAUCAUCUAGCCGUAUUGAACAUGCCCAUCGAGGCGCUCCGACGCAGCCACACUGUCACAUCAUUUGAGCCAUUCACUUUAUUAUCAAGUCUGGCCGCAGUAACCGAGCGCAUCGGCCUCGUCGCUACGGCUUCGACGACAUACGAUGCACCUUACCACAUCGCAAGGCGGUUUGCGUCUCUCGAUCAUCUGAGCGGAGGCCGUGCUGGCUGGAAUAUUGUCACAACCGCUAAUCCAGACUCGGCGCGCAAUUUCGGCCAGGAUGCGCAUAAGGAGCAUAGUGAACGCUAUGCUCGGGCCCGUGAAUUCUACGAUGUGGUGACAGGACUCUGGGAUAGCUUCGCCGAUGACGCUUUUGUGCGUGAUGUCGAAAGCGGCAUCUUCUUCAAUCCCGAGCGUCUGCACGUUCUCGAUCAUCACGGAGCCGAACUCGACGUCAGGGGUCCACUAAACAUUGCGCGACCACCGCAGGGAUGGCCAGUAAUCGUGCAAGCCGGUGCAUCAGAGCCGGGGAAACAGCUCGCUGCCGAGACGGCCGAGGUAGUGUUUUGCGCACCGCGAAAUCUCGAGGCGGGCAAGGAGUUCUUCAAGGACGUGAAGGGCCGGCUUGCUGCUGUGGGCCGUAGUCCUGAUGAUAUAAAGCUGUUACCUGCCGCGUUUAUAGUCAUUGGUGAUACAGUCGAAGAGGCCCAAGCUAAGCGGCUGAAGCUGGACAGUCUUGUGCAUUAUGAAAGUUCCGUUGCUUCGCUCUCUAUUGCACUUGGCUACGACGUCGCCAACUUAGAUCCAGACGGCCCUCUACCGACUGAGCUGCCCGAGACUAACGCAAGCAAGUCAAGUCGUGAGAGUGUGUUAAAGCUUGCAGCGACCGAAGGUCUUACCGUCCGCCAACUCGCACAAAGAUAUGGAGGAUAUUCAGGUCUGGCAUUUGUCGGAACGGUCCAGACGGUGGCUGAUGAGAUGGAGCAGUGGCUUGUACAAGAAGGUUCAGAUGGCUUCAAUGUUGUUUUCCCCUUCUUACCGCAGGGUCUUGAUGAUGUGGUCGAGCGCUUGAUUCCGGAGCUGCAGAGGCGAGGCAUCUUCCGUAAGGAUUACGAGGGGACAACUCUGCGAGAGCAUUUGGGUCUCAAGCGCCCAAAGAACAAGUUCUUCCCAUAA